GCUGUCAGGAGACUUGGUGGUGGGACUGACUGACUGACUGACAGACAGAUGAAGGUGGACAGACGUUCCAGCAUGAGGUGGAUACCUGUGGUUCUGCUGUGCUUUGCUGUGCCUGUUCAUGGGCUAUUAAGAAUCCCCCUGCGGCGUUUCACGCCCCUCCGCUCUGAGCUGCGCUCCGCCCAGAGGCUGGAGGCCUUCCUGCGGGAGCGGCAGCCUGACGUCUUCAGCCGGCGGUACUCCCAGUGCCUCCCGUCGAGCUCCGCCGUGAGGCUCGGCACCAGCACCGAGAGGCUCUACAACUUCAUGGACGCUCAGUAUUACGGUGAAAUAAGUUUGGGAACGCCGGCGCAGAACUUCACCGUCGUCUUCGACACGGGAUCCGCGGACCUGUGGGUCCCCUCCUCGUACUGCAUCAGCGAGGCCUGCGUGAUGCACCACAGAUUCAAGGCCUUUGAGUCGAGCACCUACUCCCACGACGGCAGGAUCUUCUCUAUCCACUACGGGUCUGGCCACCUGCUGGGCGUGAUGGCCAAGGACGUGCUGCAGGUCGGGAACGUGUCACUGGCGAAUCAGGAGUUUGGGGAGUCGGUGUACGAGCCGGGCUUCGUCUUCGUCAUCGUGCGGUUCGACGGGGUCCUGGGCCUGGGGUACCCCUCCCUGUCCGAGGCGGCGGAAACCCCCGUUUUCGACAACCUGAUGGCCCAGAUGCUGGUGGAGCAGCCCGUGUUCUCCUUCUACCUCAGCAGGAAGAAGAACACCGCCGAGCCGGAAGGGGAGCUCUUGCUGGGGGGGUUGGAUGAGGCCCUGUACAGCGGCCCCCUCACCUGGGUGCCUGUCACUCAGAAGGGCUACUGGCAGAUCAUGAUGGACAACGUUAAGGUCCAGGGCACAGUGGCCUUCUGUCCCCAGGGCUGCCAGGCCAUCGUGGACACGGGCACCUCGGUCAUCAGUGGCCCGUCCAGCGACAUCCUGGUCCUGCAGCAGCUCAUCGGAGCCACGCCCACCUCCAUUGGAGAAUACCUGAUUGACUGCGCCAGGCUCUCCAGCCUGCCCCAGGUGGCCUUCACGAUUGGCGGGGUGGAGUUCGCGCUCUCUGCCGAGUCCUACGUUCGGAAGGAGACGGUGGGCAGCCGCGAGGUCUGCUUCAGCGGGUUCCAGGCCGUGGACGUCCCCUCCCCCGUCGGGCCCUUCUGGAUCCUGGGAGACGUCUUCCUCGCCGAGUUCUACACAGUCUUCGACCGCGGCCAGGACCGGGUGGGCCUCGCGCAGGCCCGACAGGCACCCCCCCCAAAACGGCCUUUAACCCCAAAAAUAAUUUAAACCCAAAAAUGGUUCAGCGAGCGGAACUGAGGCUCAUUGUGAACGUUCAUCGAGACACAGCUUAGCCUAACUGUUUUGUACAACCUCUCCUAAAUUGUAAAAUUAAUAUGCUGUUUACGGCCUUUGAAGAUGUUGUGUGAAACAUGUGACAUGUUGUCCCGUUGCCCCCACUCCCCCCUGCCCACAAUACUCAAGAAAAAAACAAUAAAACAGUGUCUCCAAAGUGGUUGUAA